AUUAACGUAAACUAAUUUUUAUUUUGAAAAGUUUCAAACUAUUUAAAGUGGCUUACAGUCUUUUGUGAUUAUUGUAAACGCCAACAACCACUACAAUUUACAACCGAUUACUACUAUAAAACUGUCAGACCCUGUAAUACUCUUGUCUACAAAGAAAAUUGUUUACCCUCCCAAUUUGGUACAAAUGCCAUAUUUUACCAUUCGUUCAAUCUAAAGAUUUAGGUGUUUGUUGGUCUCAUUUAAAAUGAUUCAUGUAGAUUUUUUAACAUUAAUAUUGAUUCUUAGUCAAAGUUAAUUCCUAACUCGUAUAAUAAAGAGAAUAUAAUUGUAUGUAAAAAGUCAUAUUCAACUUUCCAUUCCAAAUUACUCUGUAUAUACUAAGAAGGUUAUUUGCGAUCCAGCAAAUAUGACAACAUCAUAAUAUGAUUUAUCAUUCGUUGAAUCUAACGAUUCUUAAAGAUUUGGACAUUUUUUUUCUUGUUUCAGUUGCUUCAUGCAUAGAUGACAGAUUUAUUAACAUUAUUAGCAAAUAGUGCAAAUUUGCAAAGCUCCUAAAAGACAAUUGGCUGUCAAAUUAUAUAUGUUCACUAUUACAUCUUUUGAUAAAUAACUGUUUCCUUUCUAAAGUAUGUAUUUUUAAAAAGAAAUAAUAUUCUUUUAAAAAUUUGUAGUCAAUAAUUUAAAAUUUAUUCUUAAUCAAAAAUUAUUUUCAAAAUAAUAUAAUAGAUGGUUUCCAUUCAACUCGUUGAUUUUAAAACUUAUUUAUUUGCUAAGAAUAUUACCUGUGACUCAAAUAAUUUGACAUAUAUAAUUUACAAUUCGCCGAACCUAAAUAUUCAUUUUUAUUAGUUAGAAUGCUUUAGGAAUGAAUUUAUCGACAUUAUCAAUUAGUGCCAAGUUACAGAACUCUUGAAAAAAGUAUUUGAGAUUUUCAUUCGCUUGAAGCAUAAGCGGAAAUUUCAAGUUAGUCGGUUUAUAAAUAAAUCAGAAACCUUAAAUGUUAUAGUUAAAAGUAAUUGAAAAUUGUUAAAAAGAAGAAAUUAACAAGAAAUAUCAAAGUGGUGUUAUUCAAUCAUGUAUUUUAAUAGAGUUUAAAUCUAAAGACAAUCCACUAUUAUUCAAAUGACGAUUAUAAAUUCAAUUUUAAAAUCUAGUGUUGUUCAAUGAAUGAUUUAAAUUCAGUCUUUGAAAUCUAGUGUUAUUCAACUUUUAAGAAUUUUAUAAUUUUUUGUAUUUUGGAUUGAUUUCAAAUCAUUUUUUAUGGAGUCUCAUGAGUAAAUGAUUGAGUUCAAUGCAUACUGAAGAGAUUUUAGAAUCCAUCGACUCAAAAUAUCUUAAAAUAAAUAAAUUUGAUAGAUUACAAAACAUUAAUAAUUGAUUUUAAAUCACUAAUUGAAUAGCAUCCCCUCAAAUGUGGUGUUAUUCAAUCAUGAAUUUUAAUAGAGUUUAAAUCUAAAGACAAUCUAUUGUUAUUCAAAUGAUAAUUAUAAAUUCAAUUUUAAAAUCUAGUGUUAUUCAAUGAAUGAUUUAAAUCCAGUCUUUGAAAUCUAGUGUCAUUCACCUUUUAAGAAUUUUAAAUUUUUUUGUAUUUUGAAUUGAUUUCAAUCAUUUUUAUGGAGUCUCAUAAAUAAAUAAUUGAACUCAAAAUCCAAUGCAUACUGCCGAGAUUUUAGAAUUUAUCAAUUCAAAACAUCUUUAAAAAAGAUUUUUUUUGAUAGAUUACAAAACAUUAAUAAUUGAUUUUAAAUCACUAAUUGGAUAACAUCCCCUUAAUGUUACUGGAUACUUGCUAUUAAAUUAUUACAUGACUUAAUUUACUUAAUUUUUUUCUGUUCCAUCUAAGUUUCCAAUCCUUCUUACACAUGUGGCAAAGAAAAAAAUGUGUGGAACCCAAAAGGUUGCAUGAUAGUGAGCAACAAGAGCUGACUGCAUUAAUUGUGAUAAAACCUCAAAAUUAUUCUAGGUGUUCGAGAGGCAUUACCAACUAAACAUGGUGAAGGGUUUAUAGUUAAAAAGUUUAUUUAAUUAAUAAUUUUCACUGAUUUAUGAAAAUAAUAAUAAGAAAAUAUUUAUGAAAAACUAGAAUUGAAAAUCUAUAGUCUCAGGUCAUGCAAACUGUUGUCGACUCAUGAGGUCAAAGAUUGGUUUCUAUAUUUGAAAUAAACCACUUAUAGAAGUUCUGUUCUGGAGACACCUCUCAGAUCAUGACUAGAUUCACAGAACCCUAUCAUGCAACCCUAUCAAGAGUGUAUAUAUAAGCACUCUCUGUAGCUUCUAACAUAUCAGAUACAAAUCCGCAAACACCUCUAUCUUUUCUUUCAAAAUUCUCCACUUUCUCUUGAUUACCACAAUGGAUUCGAGUGAUCAAGCAGACAGAAUAUCAAAUCUACCAGAUGUUCUUUUGGUCCUCAUCAUUUCAUGCUUGUCUUUCAAGGAAUGUGUUCAAACCUGUGCCCUCUCCAAGCGGUGGAGAUCUGUCUAUCUUGAGACGAGGAAUGUUUCUUUCAAGGAAACCGACUUCUGGAGCCCUUCUGUCGACGCAAAUCCCGUAAGAAAUGCUUUGGGUAGGAUUGUAUUCGUUGAUUACGUGCGUCAUUGGGUCACUAGAAUCCAUGACCAACCCAUCGAUACGUUAGAGAUCUCUAUCUCGUAUCCGAAGACUUACUUGGAUCUGAUCGAGUCUCUGAUAGCGUUCGCGGUCAGAAAAAAGGUCAAGAACUUGGUUCUUGAUUUCUCAAACCACGCGUGGAGAACCUUUCAUGAUGUAAAGUGUCAAGAUUUGGUUGUCGAAAUCCCACAAAGCGUCUAUGAUCUAACGAGUCUCGAGUCGUUGAAAGUUGCCGCGUGCAUGGACUUCGACCCCGCAAAACUAUCAAACCUAGGGAAGCUCAAAAGCGUCUCUUUCGGCUGGAUGGAACUGAAGAAUCCUGAACCUUUGCUAAAGACUUCAAGGAUUGAGAGCUUAAGUAUGAACGAUUGUUGGGGGCUUGAUUUCGAAUUGGUAUCAGGGGAUAUGAGAGAAGUUGCAAUCAAGAACUGCGACUUUUUCCUUAACUGCACCUUUGACCUCCCUAGAGUUGACAUACUCAAGUACUCGGGAGAUAUUUUACGCUUCGAGUUUGAUAAAAUGAAUACCAUCAUAAGCGAAGUUGAAUUUGAUUUCCGGGUGUUGGACAAUAAAAUUGAUGAAUCAAACGAUCCGAACACCGCAGAAGGAGGAAUGCUUUGUCAUCUUCUUAAUAAUCUCCUUGAUAAUGGUGGUCGAUCUGCUACGACCUUAACGGUCUGUCCGUUUCUACUCAAGGUAUGUCUUUAGAUUUACAUUACAUUUUCACACAUUUGGUCAUUCAGUGUAGGUUCAUUUUAAAUUCAUGGUUCUUUGAAAUUUUUGAAUACUUUUGCCAUGUGGUAGUAAUUGUUCCUAGUGAAAAGAAAUUAUAUUGAAUAUUUAGAUGCUGUAUAAACAGAUUAGAUAUUAGUAGUUUGUGAAAUUUAUUAGGUUAAGUGUGUAUGUGUGUCUCUCAGUGUUUGCGAAAUAUAGUAUUGAGAGUUUUGUAGGAAUUAUAUUUUGAUCAAAAAAAAACAAUGAGAUUUUUUUCUAUUAAAUAGAAAAUAGUUUUUGCUAAAUUUUUUUUUUGAUAUUUUCUAUACUCUGGUAAAUAUUUUAUAUAUUAUAUUUUAAAAAGUAACAACUCCUAUAAAACAAACAAAAUUCGUUUUUAAUUAAAACUCACAUAAGUUGAUUUUUGGUUUUUGUUCUUAAAUGAUCAAACAAAAUUGAAACUACUUUUCCUAAAUUUUAGGAAAUCUACUUAUUAAAAAUUUGGU